CGCUCGGCAUGAGCGCAUACAAAUAAAUUUAACAAAAAAUAUAUAUACAUAUAUAUUUUUAAAAUGUAUACAUAUACAGAUAUCUGCUAUUAAGAAAAAUGCAAUGUGUAGUUCCUAAAACAUCUCUAAAAAAAAGUAAAUAUUAAAAAUUAAAUAAAUAAAUUUAUAUGAAUCAAUAUAAGAGUAAAUAUCUUUUUUAAAUAACAACAAAGUCUUUAUAAUAAAAGGAAGCGUAUCUACUUUAUCCUUUGGAAUUCAAAUUCAUUUUUAUUCUAAUAAAUUUGAAGAGUUUGAAAAGUAAAUCAUAAAAUCGAUCACAUCAUAAAUAACAUCUCAAAUUCUCGGAAAUAAAAAAAAAUAUAAAUUCCCGAUUCGAAAUUUUUGGGUAAAUUUUUCAUUCAGAAUUUAGUUAAUUUUUCACUCUUUGUAUCGUGGAUGAUAUUAUAUUUUGUUCCCGACACUAUUAUAGUUUUCUUGCUGCGACGUGAAUAAUUAUAAUUAUAAAAUGCCGUCGAAAAAUGUUGAUAGGUUGCUUAUUUCUUGUCCGUGUGUGUGUGAUGUGCUUAAAUAUUAUUCUCCCUAAAUAAUCGGAAAAAUAAAAACAGCAAAAAAACAACAGGAUUUACAACAGCAGCAGUAUAAACAACAAAGAGAAAACAAAAAAAAGUGUUCUAUAAAAUUGUAAAAUAGAUAAAAAGAAAAAAACAAUAAUGAAAGGAAAAAUAUUUCUUAUGUUUUCUUAGUGAUUUACUUCGUUUUUUUUUUUGGUUCCCCUCUUCUUAUAUGUGAAAAAUUUCCAACAACAGAAUAAAAUUUAACAACAACAUCACCGAGAAAUAUAAAAGGAUUUCCAUCUGUUAAAUAAAAUCUAAAAAAAUAUGAAAUUCAAGUGAUGAUAAUGAUAAUAAUAUUCAGUUGAAUUUAUUCCAUGCAUUUUCCAUAUAAAAUUUAUUUAUUGUGUGUGUAUGUGUUCUGUGUAUGUUACGCAAAAGGAAUAAAUGCAGAGAAGCCAAAAGAAAAAAAAAAAUAUCAAAAAAUCAGAAAAAUUGAAAGUGAAAUAAAUGAAAUAUUUAAGAAAAUGAAGUGAUUUGACUAAGGUGAAAAAGAAAAAGAUUUUAUUUUCUUUUCACCAUAAUCGAGAAUUGAUAAGGCGAUCCUGUACGACGUAUCUGAUAUCAAAUGAAUCAUAUAAAUUCAACAUAUUUAAGGUGGUAGCUGAUUUCGUGGAUUGGCGGAGAAAAAAAUGUGCUACUGACUAUUGCAGCCACGGAGUCGAUACACUUCGACAGCCGAGCUAUAAAGCUCGGCACAAUAUCAAAAGUGUUACUACCGUCGGAAACAGCCACAUCGCCAUCAUCUUCGUCAUUCACGUUAAAGUCACCAUCAUCAACGUCUUCACCACCAAUUUCAUCACUAGCACAAGACUUAACUAUAACGUCACUGGUUCAAAAACCUUUAAAUUUCUGCGCUGAUCAACAUCAAAAUCAAGAUAAUCAUAAAUUUAACUCUGCAGACCAUGACACGAAAGAUAAUAAAACUGUUCAAAUUACACCAACGUCUACAACACCAACAACAGUAAUUACAACUCCAAUAGUGUCACCAAAAAACGGUCAUUAUUCUUCUGCAUAUACGUCGCAUACAGUUCCAUUAAAAUCAUCAACAACUGCAUCGAAUAUUUUGUCAAUCUCUUCUUCUUCCUCUGUUUCACCAAUAUCACCAACGACAACAACAACAACAACAACAGCAACAACACCAUUAUAUGGAUCUAUUGCUACAAAUUUCUUGCAUUAUUCAAAAAAUCUUCAAGAUAAUAUCAGUAGAUCGUCAGAAAAAUUGUUAGAUUUGAAUUUAUCAAAUGUUGGUGUAACAGGAACUGUAUUGGCUGAAAUACCAUUGUCAGCAACGAGAAAAUUAAAAAAAUAUAAUAAACCCACUGCCAACAGUAUGCCACCACCUCCUGAUUCACCGCAUGCCGAUUUGGCACCGAGAAAACGUCGUCGUAAACGUGAUGAUCCUCAAAGUUAUUUCACCAAUUCAGAGGAAUACGAAUCAGACGAGGGAUCACCUGUUUCUUGUUCGGAUGUUGAAAGCUUUCAGGGUAAAAUAGUUUAUAAUCCGGACGGCAGUGCAUAUAUAAUUGACUCAGAAAACGAAUCGUUAUCCAACAUUUCUGAGACGGGCUUAACAGCUGGUCUACCGACUGCGAAUAAUCCAAAAAUUCAUUCAUUUCGUGUGGUGAAUGCUCGUGAUGCUACAAUUAAUAAAAUAUCCGAACCAAAUAAAAUACAAAAACCAAUUUUAAUGUGUUUUAUCUGCAAAUUGAGUUUCGGCAAUACUAAAUCAUUUGGUUUACAUGCAAACAGUGAGCAUACACUGAAUUUACAUGAAUCCGAGAAAUUAUUGUUGAAUCGUGAAUAUUCGAGUGCCAUUAUACAACGUAAUGUUGAUGAGAAACCACAAAUAUCGUUUCUGGAGCCUUUAGACGUGCAUAAACAAUUGUUUCAGCAACAAUUUCAAAAUUCAUCUAAUAUAUCAUCGGUACUAUCGUCAACAACGGGCGAUUGUACAGUUUCAACUAAUACACCAUCAAAUACAAGCAGCAGUUCGAGUUGUACACCAACGCUAUCGGCGGCUAAUAAUAGUCUUAGUUCUACACCUUUGCAAUUAAGUAGCAACUUAAAUAGUCAAAUGCUUGAUUCAACAACUGCAACAACAACAUCAUCAUCAUCGUCAACACCGUCGUCAUCGUCAUCAUCAUCAUCAUUAUCAUCGCAAACAUCAACAACAUCACCAACAUCAACAUCAACGUCUACAUCUUCAACAAUUAUAAAUAAUUCAAAUAAAUUAAAUAGUGAUAUAUCGAAUAGUGCUACUCUAAUUAAGUCUAAUGCGGGUUAUAGUGGUUCAUCAAAUGUUGCCGGGCAGAAUUUAAGUGAUUUUGUUCAACAACAAUUCAAACAACAACAACAGCGUUCAUCAACGCCGUCAGCAUCACAAGCAUCAUCACUAGGUUUAACGAACAGUUCACCAAUAAAUAUUGGACUAAGCAACAAUAACAAUAGCAGUAGUAACAAUAAUAACAGUUCUAACAGUUUGCAAUCAUCACCAAUACCAACAACUGCACCAGUAUCAUCGUAUUCAUCAUCAGCCAUAACAACAACAACAGUUUCAACAACAACGCAUGGUAGUGAUGGUGGUAAUAGUAGCAACAAUUGCGGCAGUAACGCGAGUGAUUUAAGUACCAGUAAUAGUAGUAGUAAUAAUAAUAAUAGUACGAAAUUACUAAAUGAGUUCCUACAACAACAACAACAACAAAUUUUACAACAACAACAGCAACAACAUACAACAUUGUUGGCAUGUCCCGAACAUCAAGGAUUCAAUAAAAUUGCUGGUUUAGUUGAUUGUAAAUCAUGUGAAUUGAUUAAUAUCAAUAAUUUAGCUAAAUCAUCACCAAUGACACCAACAAAAUCACCAAAUAGUAUUAAUUUAACAACGCCACCAUCAUCGGCAUCACUUACAUCUAUAUCUCCAACAACGCCGGCACCAAGUUUUACAAUUGGUGCAUGUCCGGAUCAUAUAAAUGGUCGACCGAUUGGUGUUGACUGUGGAAGAUGCGAAAUGAUUUUAAGUUCGGCAAGAUUGAAUAGUGGCUCGCAAAUAUCAACACGAAAUUCAUGUAAAACGUUAAAGUGUCCGCAGUGUAAUUGGCAUUACAAAUAUCAGGAGACAUUAGAAAUUCAUAUGCGUGAAAAACAUCCAGACGGCGAGAGCGCAUGCGGAUAUUGUCUAGCUGGUCAACAACAUCCUCGGCUAGCACGCGGUGAAUCCUACACAUGCGGGUAUAAACCAUAUCGUUGUGAAAUUUGUAAUUAUUCAACAACAACUAAAGGCAACCUAUCGAUUCACAUGCAAAGCGACAAACAUUUGAACAACAUGCAAGAAUUGAACAACUCACAGAACCUAUCGUCAACAAAUGAUAUUCGAGAGAAUCCAAAAAUCGUUAUGCCAAAUAUGCCGCAACAGACAAGCAAACCAAAACCCAGUUUUCGUUGUGAUGUUUGCUCAUAUGAGACGAGCGUAGCCCGAAAUUUGCGAAUACAUAUGACCAGUGAAAAGCACACGCACAAUAUGGCUGUGCUGCAGAACAACAUGAAGCACUUCCAGGCGCUUAGCUUUCUACAGAGCCAAAAUUUGGGUGCAGCGGCUGCCGCUAAUAUCCCAAACUUAAGCCAAAUGCCGAGCCUGCAGCAAAACAUGCCAAAUUUACAAAAUUUCCUACCAGAAGCCGCACUAGCCGACCUGGCCUACAAUCAAGCUUUGAUGAUUCAACUCCUGCAUCAGAACUCAGCGGCAGGAGCAUUAGGAGCGGCUGCCGCAGCAGCUGCCGCGGCGGUGUCUAUACCUCAGCAACAACAGCAGCAACAGCAACAAUCCCAGUCGAUUGGCCAGCAGUUGUCUUCAACUUCAGGGUGUGGUUCAACUUCAGGUCAACUGAACGUGCCGACAACUGGAGCAUCUUCAUCUGCCGCUGCGUCGUCUAACGCUGCAGCCGUAGCUGCUGCUGCACUCCUAGGGAGCUCCCUCGAACCCGAUCAAGGACUGAAUCUCGAAACGCUAGAACCUCCCAUUGAACCCGAUCAACGGCCAACGACGGUGUACAGUUGCCUGAUCUGUUCUGCGUACAAUACCAAUAGCAUCGAUGAACUGAACAACCAUCUCAUGGUUGAUCGAUCUCGGAACUCUAGUUCGGCAGCAAACAACUGCAACAGUGAUAUAAUGUUGAUCAUCAACAACAACUACAUCUGUCGACUCUGCAAUUAUAAAACUAACCUGAAAGCCAACUUUCAACUGCACAGCAAGACGGACAAGCACAUACAAAAAUUGAAUUAUAUCAACCAUAUCAAGGAGGGUGGCGCGAAAAACGAGUACAAAUUGAAAUACAACAAUACGAAUACCGUUCAACUGAAAUGCAAUUGUUGCGAUUUCUACACGAAUUCAAUACAAAAGCUCAAUCUUCACACACAACACAUGCGACACGACACAAUGAAAAUGAUCUUCAAUCAUCUCGUCUAUAUUGAUCAACUCCAUUCAAUUCAACAACAACGUCGCCAAUCAACUUCAACACCAACAUCAACGGCAACAAGUCAGUCAAUUGCUGACAAUCAACGUAUGUUGAAUGCAAUAAGUUCCGGUGGGAAUAAUAGUGAUAUUGAUCAACAACAAAGUUCUGGUGCUGGUCAUCUAGCAAAUAUUGAAGGUGGUAAUACGAGCGCAAGUGGUAGUGCAAGUGGCAGUGGUGGGGCUAGUGUUCAACCAACACAUACAAUUAUUUGUGAAUUAUGUAAUUAUAAAAGUGCAACUGUUUUACAAAUGAUUCAACAUGUGAAAAGUAUACGACACGUACAAGUUGAACAGUUUAUAUGUCUACAAAGGCGAAGCGAAAAUCUUGAACCAUUAGAAUUGAGUGAUGUAUUCAAGAUUGUUGAAAGUGGUGUCAUUAAAUCUGAAAAAUGUUCACCAGUCAAUUCACCAGUUGAUCCUAACUUAGGAUCAACACCCAAUCCACAACCAUCGACGCCACAUUCGCGACAUAGUGACGGUGGUAGAUCAUCAGUUGGACUGCUACAAUCACCAUCAAGUCUUCCAAAUAUCUCGACAGCUACAACAAUCUUCAAAUGUAACAAUUGUGACUUUUUUGCGGAAACCAAACAGGACAUGGAAAUGCAUAUUGACAACGUUCAUCCAAAUUGUUUGGAUAGCGACUACAUGACAAUUCCUACAAAUUCAACUGCACUACAUGCAUUUCAAGCUGCUAUGGCUGCAGCAGCUGCUGCUGCAGCCGCUAAUAAGCCUAGCUGUUCCCCGCAAACUAGUGGUAAUACCACUCUUCUGCCAGCUGUAACGCCCAACAGUUUAGAUGAAAUCAAAUCAGAGCGAAUGGAUGCUGAUACAGAUUCAGUGGGAGAUGGUACAGAACCGGAUCAACAAGAUUUGGAGGGAAUGGAUGGGGCCGAUGCAGGAAGUAAUGCAACUGUUCCCGGUAUCCUUUGUCCUCUAUGUCAAGAUAGUUUUAACGACAGAAAAUCGUUGGAGUCUCAUGUAAUGGGAGUGCAUAGUGUCAACAGUGAUGGAUUGACACGCUUAUUGCAAUUAGUCGAUACUAGUCAUUGGUUAAAUAGUACAAGUCAUACUAAGAAAGAUACGGACGAGAGCGGUGCUGGUGAAAAGAAUCAUGCAUCGAAUAAUUUCUGCAUGCAACAGAUGCGUGGCGAUGAGCUCGAAUGCAACCAAUGUGAGCUUGCAGUGAAAACACAUCAGGAAUUGUUAAUGCAUGCUCAGGAAACCCAACAUUAUCCAUCCGUGGGAGAUCAAUAUCAGUGUUUGCUGAAACAAUGUCCCCAGAACUUUUCAAGUCUACCAACAAUGAUCGCACAUUUCAAGGAUACACAUAUGAACAUUGUGAUAUCAGAGCGUCAUGUCUACAAAUAUCGUUGCAAACAAUGCUCUUUGGCGUUUAAGACACAGGAAAAGCUCAAUACUCAUUCCCUGUAUCACACAAUGCGCGAUGCCACCAAAUGUAUGAUUUGCAACAGAAGUUUUCGCAGCACUCAGUCGCUGCAAAAGCAUAUGGAGCAAGCGCACAAUCAACAACAAUCGAAUAGCCCAUCCCCACCGCCAUCAGAUCAGGAUCACGGUAAACAAAUUAGCGGUGCAGGAAUGGAAGAUUUCAUAACAUCACCAGCAUCCAGUGUAAAACAAGACGAUGAAUCUGCUCAAGUGCAAGAUUUAAUGCUUAGAGAUGAUCAACUCAUGCUUCAACACAGCUCCCUUUUGGAUUGUACGACGCCUACCACAGAAAUGGACGAAUAUUUGAACACAUCACAAAUGGCUGAGGACAACUACAACGAUCCUGGCCGCAAGCAUAAAUGCCACAAAUGUAAGAUGGCCUUUACGCAUCAAAACUUCUUAGCCAUCCAUUAUAAAUCCAAUCAACAUCGACGAAAUGAAAAACUAAACAACUAUCCAAUGGAAAAAUAUCUCGAUCCGAAUCGACCUUUCAAGUGUGAGAUAUGUCUGGAAAGUUUUACGCAGAAGAAUAUCCUUCUAGUUCACUAUAACAGCGUGUCGCAUCUUCACAAACUCAAGAAGCAAAGCGAAAACAACAACACCCCAUCUUCGUCACCCAGUAAUAACCCCUCUCCAAUGGACUAUGAUAGGAAAAGCGUUGAUUCUGACCGGCGCAGUGUCGAACGCGAUCGCAAGUCCAUCGAUUUAGAUCUAGAGAUCAUGAAUGAACAGCAAAAACGCAAACUGAGCCCCGAAAAUGACUACGACAGUCCAAAGAAAAGAUUCAAGUGUGACAUUUGCAAGGUUGCUUAUGCCCAAGGUAGCACUCUGGAUAUUCAUAUGCGAAGUGUUUUGCAUCAAACACGGGCAUGCCGUUUGCAAGAGCAGCAGCAAAUGCAACUUCAACAUUCUGCUCAAUUCAAUCCAUCGCUGACCACAAGUCUGGCCCGUAUUGUGGAGCAACACCAGCAGCAACAGCAACAACAGCAAAGUGUCAGUCCAGCACCAUCAAAUCUCAGUGGUAUACAGGAUGAUCCCAACAUGCCCAAGUUCAACAAUCAGAUUUACAAGACCUUGCUGGAGAAUUUCGGCUUUGAUAUCGUCAAGCAAUUCAACGAGCUGAAACAUACUGGCGGCGAAAUUAAUCGCGAGAUAAAUGAGGAGAAGUAUUUUUGUCGACACUGUAAGAAAACGUUCUCGUCUAUAUUUGUGUUGAAGUCCCAUUGUGAAGAGAUACAUAAUGAUAAGAUCCCCUUGGACGUGCUAGAAAAGUUUGCAGAAAAGUUCAAAAAUUACUACUUGGAAACAAGCGAUACAGAUAAUGAAAUCCUUGACUUUUCCGCUAAAAAAUUGUCACCAGAGACAUCGGAUUCACCAAACUCAUCAUUCAAUGGAAGUGGAAAUACCACAGCACUAACUGUUUCAACAAAAGAACCUCAACCAGAGAAGAACCAACGGCCUAGUACUCCUGUUUCAACUUCUGGAUUGUCGCCAGCUUCAUCUCCCUCCUCGCAACAGCAACAACAGGCGCUACUAAAGAGCCAGCAAACAGCCAGUCAAGUACAACAACAGCUUCAUACCGCCCUAUCCCAGUCACAAUCUCAACAAUCGCCACAAAUGCUACCCACCGAUCUUGCCCAAAAAUUCAAUAUCGAUCCAACAAUUCUUGCACAGAAAAUCAUGGAACAAAAUCUUGCCAAUGUUCCGCCAAAUUUCGCAAACUUGCCGCAAAAUUUACAAAGUCUUCAAAAUCUUCAGAAUCUGCAAAAUUUACAAAGUUUACAGAAUCUACCGAAUAUGCCGAAUUUGCCACUAAAUACGCUUGAUAUGCUUAGCUUAAUGCAAUUUCAUCAUUUGAUGUCGUUGAAUUUUAUGAAUUUGGCGCCCCCAUUGAUUUUUGGUGCAACUGGAGCCGCCGCGGCUGCAGCAGCUAUUGCUGGUGGCAAUGUACCGCCAGUUACGCCGGAAAUUCCAGUUAAUCCCGGACAACAAGUCCAACUGUUACAACAACAAGCAGCUGCAGCAGCGCAGCAGGCAACAAACAAUCAAAAACGCGCUAGAACACGCAUCACUGAUGAACAAUUGAAAAUUUUACGAGCGCAUUUCGAUAUUAAUAAUUCACCAAGUGAAGAAAGCAUCAUGGAAAUGUCGAAGAAAGCCAACUUGCCAAUGAAGGUGGUGAAACAUUGGUUUCGUAAUACACUUUUCAAGGAACGUCAACGCAACAAGGAUUCCCCAUACAAUUUCAAUAACCCACCAUCAACCACACUGAAUUUGGAAGAAUACGAACGAACAGGACAAGCAAAAGUCACAUCACUUGUUGAUCAAAGUGGCAAUUCAAAUGAUACCUCACAAUCGCAACAACAACAACAACAAUCCCAAUUACUCCAGUCCCAGAGUCAACAGCGCCAACAACAGGAUCAACAACAACAACAGCAACACCAUCAAUUUCACCAACAACACUCCCAACAAAGCUCGGACAAUCGGCCGCUAUCCCAACCAUCUAGCACGGCCAGCGACCGAGGAGCUGAUAUUCAAAUAAAAACUGAACCGAACGAUGACCUUGGUUCAAUGGAUCCAGAUCAACAAUCGCUUCACCAGCAUUCGCAUCAGCUCCAGCAUUCCCAUCACCACCUCCUGAAACAUGAUCAACAACACGAGCAUGAUCCAUCCAGUUCUGGUGGUGGUUCCUACCAGCACUCUCAACAUCAACAGCAAAUGUUCUACAACAAUUUUGAAACUAAAUCGGAAUCAGGCAGCUCCGAAAUCCUGUCACGACCACAGACGCCCACGAAUUCAUCUUACAAUAAUUUAGGUGAAAUGACCAACACCCAAAUUGAUACGAUGAGUCUAGGCAGCCUUGGAAGUGGAGGCGGAGUUGGGUCAUCUGCCGGAGCGAGUGGAAUGGCAGGAGUUGUGGGCAAUCUGAAUAAUAUGGGACCACCGAAAAAAUUUCAAAUGAAUAAGAUUUUUGAUAAGAACAAUUUUGAGACCAAUUCCAACUCAUCGAAUAGUUCUUCAUCGAGUGGUAAACGCGCGAAUCGAACACGUUUCACAGACUAUCAGAUCAAAGUUUUGCAAGAAUUUUUCGAGAAUAAUUCAUAUCCAAAGGACAGCGAUCUGGAGUAUCUUAGCAAGUUGUUGUUACUUUCACCACGAGUUAUCGUUGUUUGGUUUCAGAAUGCCCGUCAAAAACAAAGAAAAAUUUAUGAAAAUCAGCCAAACAAUUCAUUCUAUGAGUCCGAAGAGAAGAAACCAAAUAUCAACUACACGUGCAAGAAAUGCAACCUCGUUUUCCAACGGUACUACGAAUUGAUUCGUCAUCAGAAGAACCAUUGCUUCAAAGAAGAAAACAAUAAAAAAUCGGCCAAGGCUCAAAUUGCAGCAGCACAAAUAGCUCAAUCGCUCAGUAGCGAAGACUCGAACUCCAGUAUCGAUAUCAACAGUGCCAACCUUUUGACAUCAAAUUUAGCAGCUCAACAGGCUGCAGCUGCUGCUGCGGCCGCUGCGGCGAUUGGUGGUCCAGUGCCGAGUAUUGGCUUGCCCCAAUCACCCUCCGGAUCAGCAGGAUCGGGAAGUAUAACAUCGAUUCCAGGUCUAUCGACCAGCCCAGGACUGGGCUUAUUAGCUUCUCCCCAUGGUAUCUUCGGUAAACAUGCCGCCACUGUUCCAGCCAGUCAAAAUGUUGGAGGAAGCUCAACAAAAGACGGUCAGUCGCCGCAAAAAUUUGAAUGCGACAAAUGCAACUUAAGCUUUCCCCGAUUUGAACUGUUCAAGGAACACCAGCUUAUCCAUAUCAUGAACCCAAACUUAUUCCUCAACCAGAAUUAUGCGGAGAAUACGCCUUUCGGUAUUCUGCAAAAUAUGCAAAAUAAUCUGAUGAAUGCUGGGUCGGUAUCGGGGAGCAACAACAGCGGUAGCAGUUCGGCUAGUCUGCUGAUGGCUGGAGUGGGAGGACAGGACACAAGCAUGGACCUAUCACAAGCCAAUAAUAAGAAGAAGCGAAAGUAUUCUGAGACGCAAUCGAGUGGAGCUGGAGAGGACAUACAAUCAAUCAUGGCUAUGCAGUCAUCUGAUUAUGAUCUGGCAAAAAAAUUUCGCUCUGAACAGUAUGAUUUUUUAUACCAAUACUUUCUACAAAAUGAACCCAACGACGAGCUGAAAAAACAGUACCAGCAACAACAGCACCAGCAGAGUAUUGAUAUUGAGUACCUCGCGCACUUCUAUCAAAUGAGCGAACUGAAAAAGAAGGGAAACUAUGAUUUUUUCUACCAAUACUAUCUGCAAAACGAAAGUAAACAACAAAGUGACGGAGCUUCAUCGAUGCUGGAGAACCUGUCGAAACCAAACAUGGAAUUCCUACUGCAAUACUACCAACUGAAUGAAUGCAAGAAGUUUUUUCAGUUAGGUGCCUCGCCCCAACGAAUACAUGAUUUUCCAUUGCUCAAUCUGACUACAAUGCCGUCAGCAUCGGAUACCAAUUCAACAAUGAAUUCAAUAACACAACAGAGUGGACUAACAUCAACAAAUAUCGCGGAAACAUCAGCAAUACAACAAAGUCAAAUGAGCGGCAAUGGAAAUUCAACGACGAGAGAAAUAUGCGCUGCAACUGGUCGUGGUACGGCAACGCCAACAACACCGAAAUCAACAACACCAACAGGCGCACAAGCCAUGCAAGCCGAAACUACAACGACACCAUCAUCAAUGGCAUCGAUGAUCAGUUCACCAACGCAUGCAGCAGCAGUUGUUGCAGCGACAAUCCUAGCAGCUGGUGGGAGCGGGGUAGUGAAUCAAAAAAUUCGUCAGGAUCAACACCAACAACAACUCUCAAUAAUAUCAACAACAACCAUUGGUGGUAAUGCUUUAAAUGCUGAUAGUAGUCCACAACAUCAACAAUCUUCACUAUCAAAUCUAAACACUGGUCUUCCAAUAUCAUCACAACUGGCAACAAGUUUGCAGAAAUCUGCAUGUAGUCCACCGAUAGCGACUUCGACGACCAGCACAGCUACCGCGGCUAGUUUGAAUGAUUUUCCCGGAAAUCCAUCUGCAUCCAGUUUCCUGGGUGGUAACUCAACAACACCAACACCAACAGGUGGGGGUGUCGUAUCGGGAGUGGAACAUGUCACCACGAUGGAAAAGCAAACGAAUAAGCGGUUGCGAACCACUAUUUUGCCGGAGCAGCUGAAUUUUUUAUAUGAGUGCUACCAGAAUGAGUCAAAUCCAAGUCGGAAGAUGUUAGAGGAAAUCUCAAAGAAAGUUAAUCUGAAGAAGCGUGUUGUACAGGUUUGGUAUCAGAAUUCUCGCGCUCGUGAACGCAAAGGACAAUUCCGACAAAAUCUACAAAUCAUCAAUAAAAAGUGUCCACAUUGCGGUGCAAUCUUCAAAAUAAAAUCAGCUCUGGAGUCGCAUCUUCAAACGAAACAUCCUGAAAAGCAGCCAAUCAAUAUAGAUCAAAUUCCAGACGUGACUCAACAAUCACUCGAUAGUUCGUCAUUUCCUUCACAUCAUUCGCAUGAUUUAAGCAGUUUGUUGCCGCAGACUCGUUCAUCGUUGACCCCAACAAGUACCACAGGUAGCCAUGCCUUCGCGACUGGCCUGAACUCCACAAGUUCUGGAUCAGGAUUAAGUCAAUACCAUCCUCAUGAUGGACUUUCGCUGAAUGAUGAUAAUGCAACAGUGACUUCAACAAUCCUGGAAUCACUAAGCAAUUCAACAACAGCCGCCAAGUCUGGUACCCCUUUAGAUUUGAGCAAAAGCACACCCAAAUAUGAGCCUAGCGAAAGCGAUGUCAGCUACUCCGAUUCCAACAAUGAUCACGAUGAAUCCAAUGACUUUUUCAUUACAACAUCAUCAUCGGCACCGGCAAGCAACAAUAACAACAACUCAAAUUUGAAUAACAAUCACGUCAAAAUUGCUGAUUUAGUCAACUAUCGACAUCACAGCAACCACUCUCCUACAACAACCACAAUUGUUACAACAUCGAGUUCACCCCUAGGGGACAAUAAUCUUGGCGAGAGUCGAUGCGGGACGAAUCAGCACAAUGAUACAUUUUACGAUAGUGAUGCUGCCAAUAACGCCAUGAUGUCGAACCAUCAUCAGAACAGCAAGGAUUUAUCAAACCUGAUCUAUAGCGGUGGGGAUAAUGUGGGUGAUAUGGAUCGAUCGCCAGCUAGUCCAGCUAGUAGCACGCAAAGUAUUCAAAAGAAGCGAUUUCGUACCCAAAUGAGUAAUGUUCAAGUGCGGAUUUUAAGGACACUAUUUUCGGAUGUGAAAACACCAACAAUGACCGAUUGUGAGAAUAUCGGUAGGGAAAUUGGAUUGCCGAAACGUGUGAUUCAGGUUUGGUUCCAAAAUGCUCGGGCAAAAGAAAAGAAAAGCCGAAACAAUCGUAGCUAUUCCGACGAGACUUACGAACAAAAUGGUAGUGAUCUAACAUGUGACAUAAUACCCUCAUCGGAGGACUGUAAACUAUGCAAUAUUCAAAAAGUCAAUAUGCAAGAACAUGUCUUUUCUGCCGGUCACAUAGCACAAGUUCGCUACUCUCUCGAGAAUAGUGAUCAUCUCUUAGGGUACAGUGGCAGUGAAUCAAGCGAUCAGCAUGAUACUGUUGAUCAACAACAAUCAAUGAAAUCCAAUAACACAAUGGCCCAUCUAAAACUACCAACCCCACCGCCAUCAGUUAUUGCCAAUCGGGCAUCACCUGGCGACAUGCAACAUGAAUCGAACAUGACCAUCUACAAUCAACUUCUUAUGCAAAAUCCUAUGUUUGCUGCAGCUGCUGCAGCAUCAACCAAUUCCGGAUCAAACAAACUUUUUGGUGGUGAACAUGAAAAUGAUUCAAAUGCAGCCAUCACAGCUGCUGCUGCCAUGAUGAAUUUCAAUCAGAUUCAACAGCAUUUUGCAGCUGUUCAACAACAACAACAACAGCAACAAAUGAAUGCCAGUGAAAAUUCUGAAAAUAGUGUUGGAAAUGCAACGGAUGCUGCAACCGCUGCUGCUCAUCGACUUUUGAUGGGUAAUAAUCUUUUACUGCAAAUCAAUGCCGAUCAACAAUCAAUUACACAGUCAACAAACAGUUCGGAGGCACUACUUCAGCAAAUCUACAAUUAUAAUCAAAUGAGUGGAAAACUAAAAUCUACUAAAAAUCAUACCAACGACAAACCACAGGGCCUAGGGCGUGAAUAUACUCAUCAAGAGCCCCCCGAAAACCAAAAAACUAAAGUCGAAAAUCCUGUUAAUGAUAAAGAUAGUAAAAAAAGUGAUAAUAAAAUUAAUAAGCUGGACGAACAAACCAUCAAACAUGAGCAAGGGAAUGCGGUAAAUAGUCCUUCGACUACCUUAAGAAAUGAUCCUAAUAUCAAAUUAGGAGACAACGUUAAUGACCUAUUGCAAACGCCCCUUGGAGCAACAGAAACACCGAAAUCCUCAUCAGUAUCUUUAAAUUCAGUACGAAAUUCAAAAAAUAUUGAACAGAUACUAAAAAUAUCUUCAUCAUUUGUAAAUAAUACUUGCAAUGAUGACAAAAAUCAACGGGAGCAGCAUAAAAAGUUACAAAACGACAUGGAAAAUGCCAUUAACGAGAUUCUUACAAUAAAUACCAAAAACCUAGUUAAGUGAAAUAAAGAUGAAAGAUAAAAGAUGUUUGUAAUAAGCCAGCUUAGUCGAAAACAAAUGUAAAAUGUUUCCUAUUUGUGAAAUUUAAGUUCCAUGCAUUUCGAAAGAAAAUAUGAGUCCUAUAUAUAUAUAUAUACAUAAGCUAAAUACGGAAUGAGUUGAAAAUAUCAAGCUAGAAAGCGGAAGACUUAUAUUCUGUCAUUUAAAUAAAAAAAAGUUCUAGAUUAGAAGAAAAAGAUAAAGCAUUGAUUUUUUUUAAACAUUCAAUCAUAAUAGGAUACGUGGAAAAUUCAAUUUUGAAAUUUUCCAUGUAUUCCAAUUUGAUAUACCCGCAGAAAGUAUAAAUUGAAUAAUCUUAAAAAAAUUGAAAGGAUAAAGUCUUGUAAAUAUUUUCUAAUUAAGCUCAUAACAAGCCCUUGAAUGGAGAUGGAAGUGAGUCGCAAUCAGUACAGGAGAAAAUAAUGCGGAAUCAAUGAAAAUGAGAAAGAGUUUUAGAUGGAAACAAUGUGGAUCCAAAAAAAAAAAAAAAAAUGGAAGAAAAAAUCAUUAAAAUGUAACCUAAAUAAAAUGCAAGUUCCUAUUUUUAAAAAAAAAGUGAAAACAUACAAAAUUUAAAAGAGUGUUUAUUCGAAAAUUAGUAUCUAAACGUAUAAAAAAGUGGAAUUAAUCCUUUGUAAUUGCUUAAAUGUAAUUGAUACCAAAACUGUUUACAGAGAACUUUUUUCCAGUUUUCAAAAUUGUGAAAUCUCGUUUUUUAAAGAAAAUAAGAAAAAAUCUACAUAAUUGCCAACUACUUAUUAUUAUUAUUAUUAAUUAUUGUAAUAAUUUAAGGGCUUAUAUAUGAAUUUUUUUUUUUUUUAAAAAAAAGAUAAUGGGUAUGGGCCCUAUUAAGAUUUUUAUGAAGUCAAAUUAAAGUUCCUCACGAAUAUGAUUUAUUUUUUCAAUUAAAUUUGUGUAUAGUGACGCCUUUUUAACUUGGCAAAAUCUAUAUACCAAUUUUCGAUAUUGUAAGUAAUUUCCAUAUUUUGUGAAAUUGGCUGUUUUAUAAAUGGUGAAAGAAAUACUUUAUAUUCCUAUGUAUUUAUACAUAUGAAGCAAAAAAAAAAUUCGCUUUCUUCCCUGAUUCUAUCGAUAUAUAUUUAUACUACUUUGUUUUUAAUUUAUCCAGAUCCGGGGUAACCAAAAUUGUUAAACCCUGAAGUAAACCAAAAGAAAGGAAUAACGAAUUGAGAUAUUAAUGUGUAGACUUUUAUGGGUAAUUAGUUAUAGUAGGAAAAAGAACAGAAAAAAUCAAUACUCGCUUUUCGAUUCCUAAUUAGAUAAAUAGUAAGAUUUAGUAUGUAUUAGAGACGUAAGAAGUGAGAAAAAAAUCGAAACUAAAAUAAUAAAAUUAAUACAUUAAAUAGCCUUCAUAUUUGGAUGUCCAAUGUAAAUGGGGAAAUCAAAAUUUAUAUGGUCAGAAGAAAGAACUAAUAGUAGCACAACGUUAUAGUAUGUAUAUCGAAACUUCACUUCAUUGAACGAAUUGCUUUUUUCUAUGAAGGAGGAGGGGUGGUUGUUGAUCCACUAAGAAACGAUUAAUCAUAUAUUCGUAUAAAUACUCUUACUGUUUAGCUCUUGUGUAAGAAAACAAACUGUCAGACCGAGUAAUUCGUCGAUAAUCUCAAUAGUUCCGCAUAGAAACACAUUUUUCUAUAUGUUAGUUUGUUUUGGUCUAUUUAAAUAAAAAA